UCCGAUAGCAGCACGAAUACUCCACGAUGCCCCCCGUCUGUCUUCAAGAAGAAGCGCGGGGCCCCCUCAUUCUUCCAGGUCACCCAGGCUCCAGUGUCCCAGCCCCGGACCUUGCCAGCUGCACGCAGGUGCUAUGCAUGCACGCGCCGGGCAAUAGGUAAGGUAGGCAGAAACAAUACUGUUCUAUUCUUAUCGCCGCGGUCACAUCUCCAGUCUCCCACUCACGUCACAUACCACCAGCUCCAGUCACUCAUCACUCACAGACUGGCGCUGCAUCCUUUCCCCCCCAAGCGCGCCCUACCGCCCGGCACAUUCCAUCCGAUCGUGGAUUCUGGUCGACCUUGCGAUACUAGUUAGCCAAGUGCCGUCGACCGAGUUGUGCUAGCGCUGCAAGACGUCAAGUAUUGACACCACUGGCCGCCGCCACCAUGUCUGCGGUCCCUGACCCUGGCCUCACAGGAGACACAACCACCGAGCUGUCAACGUCUCACCUUGCACGUUUCGAGUUUAGCGAUGCAGGCACAAAGAUCCUCAUGGUGGAAUGGGCACCUGGUGCCGUGGCAUCUGCGCCAUCUUCAUCAUCGGCAUUGCCAACGGCACCAGUCGAUGCGCCGUCACCAGCAACACCAGCCAGGAGCAAUGACUGGCACGUCUCCUGGCCGGGCAAAUCCACGGUUCUGCCAGCCAACGAUGUAGACUCGACGUCUUCUGUCCGCCGCAUCUUCUUCCUCCUGCCACCAGACGCGCCAGUUCCUUCCACGGUCACCAUCACACCCCCUUCGUCUCUCGAGGCUAUCACUCUCAAACCUCUGCCCGCAAUCUUCCCACCGUCCUUCCAGGAUCAACGCGGUACACGCGGCGUUUUGCACACCAUAUGGGCCAAGAAGCGCCUGCGCGAGCUCGACGCAGAGAUGGCGUCAGAACUGUCCUUCAAUACGGAGAGCGUGGGCCUGGAAAUGGCACGCGCAGAGCGGGACUGGAUCGUGGAUACGUUCCUCACCGAGAAGAAGCAGGGCGAUGGUCUAGGAAGCGUGCUGAGCGCCGCGGGCAUGACGCCCUUGACGCCACGCAGUCCCAUCGGCGGCAAGCUGGGCGAGAAGUUGCGCGGUCUCAAGUUGGGGACCAGCCCGGCCGAGCUGGAGCCAUCGGGUAUGUUCUCCCAUCGAGUAUCGUGCACGUUACGUCGACUAACCGCGGGACACUAGCAAACACCUUUCUCACAGAGGGCAGCCAGAGCCAGACGCUUAGCCCGCGUGGCGACGAUAUUGCCAUGUCAGGGUUUGGCAGCAUACCCCAGCGCUCGCCCGGUGUUGCCCCCAUGGGCGGCGCCAUCUCAUUGAAUGCCGUGGUCAAGGGGGAUCCCGCGCCCACGGGGCCCA